UCAGCUGCUCUGUUGCCGUCAGACUUCCACGACGACGAAUGGGGACGUGACCACAGAGAUGGAAGUGAACCGCACGGACUUCUACAUCGGUCUGUCGCUCGCCGUGAGCUCCAGUGUUUUUAUCGGCGCAAGUUUCAUCCUGAAGAAGAAAGGCCUGCUGCGAUUGGCUGGCAAGGGUUCAAUGCGAGCAGGCCAAGGGGGGUAUGCUUACCUGAAGGAAUGGCUGUGGUGGGCAGGACUAAUUUCGAUGGGAACUGGAGAGGCCGCGAAUUUUGCUGCAUAUGCAUUUGCGCCUGCAACACUUGUGACUCCGCUUGGGGCAUUGAGCGUACUCGUAAGUGCUGUGCUCUCCUCUUACUUUCUGAAUGAGAGGCUGAAUGUGCAUGGCAAGAUUGGUUGCCUGCUGUGUGUUUUGGGCUCCACAGUGAUGGUGAUCCAUGCUCCGCAGGAAGAAGAGGUUGCUUCCCUCAGCGCCAUGGCUGAAAAGCUCAUAGAUCCAGGUUUCAUUGUGUUUGCUGUGUGCGUUGUUGGAAGCAGCCUGGUUCUUAUCUUUGCUGUGGCUCCGCGGUUCGGGCAGAAGAAUGUGCUGGUCUACAUCCUGAUCUGCUCUGUGAUUGGCUCCCUCUCUGUGUCUUGUGUCAAGGGCCUGGGCAUUGGCAUUAAGGAGCUGUUUUCUGGGACAGCCGUGCUGAAGGAACCCCUUUUCUGGGCCUUAGUCAUCUGCCUGGUAGUCUGUGUCAGUGUUCAAAUCAGUUACCUGAACAAAGCCCUCGACAUCUAUAACACCUCCAUAGUCACGCCCAUCUACUACGUCUUCUUCACCACAUCCGUCAUGGCCUGUUCAGCUAUCCUCUUCAAGGAAUGGUUGCGCAUGACCGUUGAUGGAGUGGUGGGAACUAUCAGCGGGUUCCUCACCAUCAUUUUGGGGAUCUUCCUCCUCCAUGCCUUCAAGGACAUUACAUUUACCUGGGAUUCCCUCCCACUCUACCUUAGGAAUGGUCCUCAGGGCCUUCUGUGUGGCUACCAGCCUUACGUGGCUCUUGCCAGCCAAGACAGCCAAGCAGAGGAUGAGUUGAAGCUGCCCAGAGAAGGAGGCUCAAAGGGCAGGCGGGGUACACAGUGCACCAGAGAGCUCUCUAAGGAGGACCCGUAGUCUUGUCUACUUAGAUAAAUUGCAAUUAAGCAGCUUUAAUGUACAUCACAGCUUUACAAUGUGACAAGUUAGUUUACUAAAUCUGAAUUUCUAUGCUUCUAUGUUAUACAGUGCAGAAUGUACUGGAUGAACAAAGUUUCCUUAAUAUGAGCAUAUGUUGCUAUGAGCACACUGGAUUGCAUAGACAACUUAAAUUAUGUACUUAGUUGUACAUGAUGGUACGUCCAUUUUUGUUUUUUUGUUCAAAAAAGACAAGACAAAAUUAUAAACCAUUGUAUAAUUUAUACAAGUAACUAUCUCUAAAUAUCAGCAUGGAUGUCUGUUAAACUGCUGUGUAUAUUUUUUUACAUUAGUUAAAAAUAAUUGAAGCCGAAUGUGCCUUUUGUUAUUGAUAAAAAAAUAACAUGUGUAGUUUUGCACUUUUAACCUUAAUCAUAUACUGUACAAAUAUUGUAUAAACUGAUUUAUGACCAUUGUUAAGGCAAAAAAAACAAACCUUUGAGUUGUAAUUGUGUUGUUGAUGAACAAUUUUGAGUAAUUUCCGAUGGAUUACUGUAAUACCUCAGUAUUAUAUACAAGCCUCACCAAAGAAUGCUGUUUCCCUUUACAAAUGAUUUCCCACCAUGUGCCAAUCUGUAACAAAUAUCUGAUGUAACUGUGCCUUUUGUGUUUGAUGAUGCCGAUUAAAACAUUACUAAAACAUUAA